AUUUAUCUGAUGCGUUACACUGCAUAGAAUCUUACAGAAUCUUUCGUUGAUUGUGACUUUUGAUAAAAAUAUACGUAGUAAAAUGAGGAACAAACAUAUCGACGAUGUCCAACCACUGACGGUGGAUGAACAUUAUAAAUUAAUCAUAGAAGAUAAGAGUGUAAUCGAUCCGGAAGCAACCGAUGUAACAUCCAGUGACCUUCCAAAAUGGUACAAUAAACAAUUAUACAAAGAAGCUCAAAACUUUUAUGAGCAAAACUUGAUGUCGAUAGUAGCAGCAAGUGUACUAGGACUUGUUCUAGUAUUUGCAGUAGAAUCAAUACUGAAGGUGCUCUUGUAUACAAAACGAAGUAACACGACAUGUUCAGCUUUUAAAAGAUACAUCGAAACUAUAUUACAUAUAGAUAACCUAUAUACAUAUGAUUCAAGUGAUACAGACUCCAAAUGGUACAAAUCGAUAAACACAAUCCGUUGGCAUCACACAAUGAGCACAAGAAUGACAAAAAAGGCUGGUAUUGGAGAAAUUUAUCAAAGAGAUAUGGUACUUACACAGUACGCCUUUUUAGGAUAUGUCUUCAUGGUACCUAGGAAUUUAGGAUUGAAAACUACACCAGAAGAAGAUGAAGCAUUUAAUCAUUUUUGGCGUGUAAAUGGUUAUAUGUUAGGAAUCACUGACAAAUUAAAUUUGUGUCGUAAAAACGCAAUAGAAACAACCGAAUUAUGUUUUAAAAUCAAAGAUUUGUUUAGAACUUAUUUGAUUAACGAGUCACCUGAAUUUUAUGAAAUAACAUUAAAUACAUUGAAUGCAAUAUGGUAUACUAAUAUACUGAUGGAUGCCGAUUUAUUCAUGGCAAUAAUCUAUAUGACACAUGAUCUUCCACAUAAAAAGCUUGGAUGGCGUAGUUUGUUAAUUAAAAAAUACCAAGAAUGGUUACUUUAUCUAUGUCAUUUAAAUCCGGAUUUUCGUCAUAGAAAGCAGCUACGCGAUUUGCUUUAUGCCGCAAUCGCAACAAUUAAUAAAGUCUAACUUUGAAAAUUCGCUGCUACAUAGCGUUAAAAAUUUCAUAAUGUGUACAUGUAAGGUAAGAUAUAAAUUUUUAGUGGAGACAAUGAAUUUUGGAACAUAGCUGAAGCAUAACCAAUAUUUAGUUUAUUUUACUA